GAAAGGAGGGGAGGCGCCGAAGUUGCCUGGUCAAGCGCACCGCGAGUCCAAACCUCUCUUUCGCGGCGCGUAAAAGAAAAAUGCUUCUUUAAUCUAAAGCGUGGCCGGGUUUCCCUAUUUGAUCACUGACAGGAUAUCAAAUCAAAUCCCGAAGAACGCCCCAGAUUGCCCGAUGCAUCCAUGAGUCUUCCCGGGAAAACAAGCGUCGUUCUCCUGAUGGUCCUCAUGACAGCGCAAGGCUGUUCUGCAUCCAAAGCAGAGGACCGUUUAUUUCGGAGGUUAUUCCGAAGGUACAACCAGUUCAUCCGACCAGUGGAGAACGUGUCUGAUCCGGUCACGGUGGAGUUCGAGGUGUCCAUCUCUCAACUGGUCAAAGUGGAUGAGGUGAAUCAAAUCAUGGAAACCAAUCUCUGGCUGAGACAUGUUUGGAAUGACUAUAAGCUAAGAUGGGCACCGGUUGAAUAUGAUGGAAUUGAGUUUAUCAGAGUUCCAUCCAAUAAGAUAUGGAGGCCAGACAUUGUUUUAUACAAUAAUGCCGUGGGGGAUUUUCUGGUGGAGGACAAGACCAAGGCUCUGUUGAAGUUCGAUGGUACCAUCACUUGGGUUCCUCCGGCUAUCUUUAAAUCCUCCUGCCCCAUGGACAUCACCUACUUCCCUUUUGACUACCAGAACUGCUCCAUGAAAUUUGGCUCAUGGACCUAUGACAAAGCCAAGAUCGACCUGGUGCUCAUUGGCUCAAAGGUAAACCUCAAAGACUUCUGGGAAAGCGGCGAAUGGGAGAUCAUUGAUGCGCCCGGUUACAAGCACGACAUCAAGUAUAACUGCUGCGAGGAGAUCUACCCAGACAUCACGUACUCCUUCUACAUCCGCCGCCUGCCGCUCUUCUACACCAUCAACCUCAUCAUCCCCUGCCUUCUCAUCUCCUUCCUCACCGUGCUGGUCUUCUACCUCCCAUCCGACUGCGGCGAGAAGGUCACCCUGUGCAUCUCUGUCCUGCUCUCCCUCACUGUGUUCCUGCUGGUCAUCACGGAGACCAUCCCCUCCACCUCGCUUGUCAUCCCGCUGAUCGGGGAGUACCUCCUCUUCACCAUGAUUUUCGUCACGCUCAGCAUUGUCAUCACCGUGUUCGUGCUGAAUGUUCACUACCGCACCCCCAUGACUCACACGAUGCCCGAGUGGGUAAGGUCCGUUUUCCUCGGGGUGCUGCCGAGAGUCAUGCUGAUGAGGCGGCCGAUCGACCAAGGCGGCUCGUCUAUUGCCGGCAUCACGGCGGGGACGGCAGGAGGAGGGAGCAGCGGCGGGAACAAGAAGAGAAAGAACAGCGUUGGGAGCGGGUCGGGAAGUGUGAGCGUUGGCGGUAUUACAGGGGGCGUGGCGUGCCCACCGCUGGAUGGAGGGUCAGGUGGAGGAGGGGCCUCCUCAGUGGGCGGCUCCAUGAACUGCGUCGAGUACGGUGAUAUGAACCGCGACAAUAAGCGGGAUCUAAACAGAAGAUGUCCCUACAGAGGCAAGGAGGUUCCAACCCCUGUCCCUCCUUCCAAGGUCCCCCAUUCAUCUCAGGGCCCUCAGACACAGAGACCCACAGAGUCAGAGCUGCCCAAAUUGCCAAGGGCCUUGAACUCCCCCUCUCAAGUGAAUGCUGUCGUGGCAUUCUCUGUCAUUUCGCCUGAAGUCAAGCAGGCCAUCGAAAGCGUGAAGUACAUCGCAGAGAACAUGAGGACUCGUAACAAAGCCAAAGAGGUUGAAGAUGACUGGAAGUACGUCGCCAUGGUCAUUGACCGGAUCUUCCUGUGGGUGUUUGUGAUGGUGUGUGUACUGGGAACUCUGGGGCUGUUCCUCCAGCCACUCAUCAGCUUUUUUAAAUGAAUGACACUUUGAGUGGUCACCCACUGUGGGGAAAGUCUCUCCUGCAAGUCUUUCACAUCACACGUUCGACUGUCUACUUUCACCUUCUCUUGUUCCUCCCCGGCACUCAUCAGUCAUCACCUCUCGUCGUCAACGGCACAUCCCUGCACUUGACUUACCCAGAAUUCCUCAAUCACCCCGGCCUCACCCCGAUGAUGUGCACGCAAGCCAUCUCGUGUACUUUGCCCAAAACUGUUCGUAACAAAAUAACAUCUGCUCUCUUUUUCAAUGAUUCUGUCCUCAAAUGCCACGAAUGUCAUUUUGUCUUCCUUGAGACACAUAGCGGUGUCUAUCCUCUUUUCCUUUGAUUUUUUUUUAUGUGCUCUCAGAUGUAUGGUCCAAUACUGUAAAAAAAAUCACUGAGGUCAGAAUUGCUGCAUGCAAUUGCUUCACCACCACCACCAGUCUGAUAUUUCCGCCCUAAGAAUUAUUCUUAUAGGUUUCCCAGAUCUUUGAAGUGUUUUAAUCCUACACACAGUGAUGCUUUGACAUACAAGUUGAAUUCAUACGUGAUUAUACUGAUAACUCAAAAUAUUUGUAUCUCAAAUAAUCUUUCACUAUUGAAAUGAAUGGAAAUGCCGUUUAUGCAUCCGAGCCUCCCCCCAAAAAAGAGAUGUUUUUAAUUGGGAAAAAUAGCAAAUUAUUAUAUUUUACUUUCUAAAUGUACACAGUUUGCAACAUAAUUAAAUAGAACGGAAAGACUGAAACAAUUUCCAACACUUUUUGCUGUGUGUUUAUUCACAACAAGCCCUAUUUUCAUUCUCAGAGCAAGUCUUGCGCAAAGUGCAAGCUUUCUGUACACAUGGGUGAUGUUUUCUGUCUUUAAGCAUUUUCAUUGAUGGGCGCAGGGAAAAAUAGGCAUUUGUACCGUUGUGGAAGUGAACACAACCGACUUGGUUCUUGGCUAAUCAAAGCGACUCACCUCAUUCCCUUUAAAUUCAGCACAGGUGAGGCACAGUCUACAAGGGGAUCAAAGUACGUUUAGAAGGAAAUGCAAGCUCUCCAAUUGCGGGUGAUGUAAAGUUGACUGUUGCAAAGGCUUCCAGCCCUGAUUGUGCAUCUGUGUGUGUGCAAUCGAGGGAGAAAGGUGGUCACCACGUGCCCAUUCACAGUGGCCAUAACAUCUGCAAGUGGAGAUCGCCGAUCUCCCGCUUCUACAUGCCCCACUGCAUAGGGACCUGUUGAAGAUCUGUGUGAAGACCGGAGCCAGCUGGUCAGCGCAGACUUUCAGGCAGGAGGGGGACACCUUUUUAGGCUCCGCGACCUUCUUGAUCUUCAGCUGCUUGAAGAGCUCUCUGACGUCCUGUUUGUGGAUCUCCAGGGCAGGGAAUUCGGUCUGGGGUGUGAAUAAGGUAGUUUCUGGGCAUGUGUGGGAAGUAGAGGGGUCCUUUUCAAAGCUGCAGAAAAACAUGUUUAGAUCGUGAGCCAGUCCCUUAUUGUCCACUGCUUGGGGGGGAUGGUAUUUUGUAGUUUGUAACUGCUUUCAGGUCAUUCCACACGGAUGCAGAGUCAUGAGCAGAAGUGUUUUUUCAGCCUCUCUGCAUUGCGUCUCUUUGCUAUGUUAAUUUUCUUUGUCAAUUGGUUUCGGGCAUACUUACACAGUGUCUUAUCUCCACUUCUAAAGGCCACCAAAAUAUCAAAAGAAAGAAAGUCACCGAUGUGCAUGGUAAGACUGAUGUUUGCACUUUAGUUUCGUGGGGUAAUGGAACCUGGUCUUAAGACCAGUCUACUCUCUGUCACCAAAUUGUGAGUUGUGCCGGGGAUGUGUAAUGAAAAAUGCCCUCGGUCCGCCGGAACGUCCAGCAAGGCAUAACGUGGUCUACCGAAUUCUAAAACAUGCUUCACUUGACUUGCCUCGGUACAAAAAUUAGCAUGCGCCAGUUUUUAUGCCGAGGGCACCUGCACUGUCAACAAAAUCAGGGUUCAUAAUUCUUUGUGGUUUAAUGUUAGCUUGAAGCCUCUUUUUUGAAGACUUUUUCAACAUGUGACCAACUGCUACUUGUGAAGUGAGUCGAGCUCACUGUCACGAUGCAGUGGUCGUAUUUUUGCUUCGAAGUCCAAGCACAAAAUCAAGCGAACGUUUCAUAGCCCGAAAAAGUCGGGUCGCUCGUACAUCACGACACCACUGAAUAAGAGAGCACUCAAAUUGAAUAUACUGUAUGAGUCAAGAUGUGUAUGUAUUUUUCAUGUGCGGUAAGUGGUCUACCAGCCAUGGUGUUGUCUUUAUGGGAUACUUGUUCAAAUCAAGUAAAUACUGUACAAAUGUUUUUUGAGUGUAAUUUUCUCAUAUAUUCACACAUAUAAGGUCAAAAUGACAAUGUAUAUCAAAUAAACACUGAAUGGAGCACAAAUGACUUGGUUUACAUGCACUCAAUAACCCUGUCAAAAACAGAAUAUUAGCAAUAUUCCUCUUGUGCAAGUCAUGUAAACACACACGAACCACCCAAUAUGCUCAUAUUCAAAUUUUUUUGUAAUCUGAAUAAUUCCUUUCAUUACUCCUUAUCUAACCCAAAUAUUUGGUCAUAAAGAUGUGUAUCGGAACACUUGGUUUGUGGAUUACGCAUGGUCUGUUUGCAAGCAAUCCUGGUCUUUUGAGUACAGGAACUAGCUAUAUGUGCGAUGUCUGGCGAGCAACCCAAUGGAAAUACAUAAGCAGAGAUAAACAAACGUGGUAGAGCUCAGAUGCAGCACAUAACCACACUUUUGGAGUGAGGAGGAAACUGCUCUCUUGUGUAUUGAAAGUCAUGAAUAUGAUGCCCCUUAUUGACUGGAGAAAUUAAUGACGUCCAAGCGUCCCGGUUUAGAUGGGGAUAUUCCAAUUGAUCACAAUUACCUUGUAUAUGGGAGUAACUUUGUCUACUUAUGUAUGUGCACGGGGUAUUCUGAAUGUUUCAUAACCUGGAAUGUGGACUUUAACCUGAAUAUUGACGGCAUGUAAACAUAGUCGAUGUCUUUAUAAUACCAAAGUAGAGGACAGAAUGGUGUUCUAAUAUAAAAAUUAGCAUUAUAUAGCGACUACUACUACUACUUUUCAAAAUUUACGACAUGAACUUUCAAAUUAUUUGCUGUACUUAUUGUACAAAUGUUUGUGGAAUACAGGUGAGGAAUGCAUAGAUUGUGAAUGGGAGACACAGCUGUGGCUCUACACGGGUGUGCUUCGUCACAAUGUGCAUAAUGAUUAUCACGGUGGAAUUUAGUACAGAGCACAACAACCAUGGAUGGAAACAUUAUGGAUUACAUAAUGGAAAUUAAACUUGGGGUUGGUGUGACGUCUUGUCAGGUUGAUGGAGUUCUGUGUUAGAAGAGAGUAAAGGGGAGAAAAGCAACGUCCACAGCAAUAUCAGGAAUGUCUUCCCGACAACACUUUUUCAACCCCAUUAACUUUUUCAUGCAUCACACAGCAUUGGCUGCAGUGACUAAGUAAUGAGAGAAAAUUAUACCAAGUUGCACUCAAGUGAAAGCGUAUGAGAUCGGUCUUGCUUUGCUGUUAAGUCAGUGUUAGGAAGCUUUCAUUUAUGCACACAUUACAUUUUUGUAUUAUGCACAAAGUAUUUUCUCAAUUUUAAUAUUGCAUGUUUGUUUAUAAUACCCAAAGUGAUGGAACUCGUGUAGCCUAAAUUAAGUGCGAACUGAAAGCCGCAGUCCAAGUGAAAAAGUUGCUCAUUGAAAACUCCAAAUCAGGAAUUUGUUUAACAUAAAUUCUUUCAACGUAAUUGCUUGGUGGUACGCAUCUUAUAGGUCCACUUAC